GUGCCCCCGGCCCCGCCGCAGCUUGAGGCCCGCGGGGGGCGGCGCCUGCGCGGUCGUGCGCACCUUCCCCCCGCGCCCCGUGCUCGGGGCUGUAGCCCGUACACUAGAGCUGGCCCGGGUGGGGGGGGCAUCGCAGCUCCGUGGCUAGGAGCACCUCGUCCUUUUCCCACGGGCAUCGAGUUUCCUCUUUCCUUCUUUUUUAUAUUUUUUUUGUGCUCCUUUUGGAGUUGCUUUUCUUUGGUCUUGUCCCAGCCCUGCGGUCUGCUCAGGAAACAUUCCCCGACCGAGCAGUCGCAAAGGGUUCCUGAAAUGCUGAUGUUGCUUGAACUUUCCCCUCUGCUGUCAAAGCUUUGGGGAUAGAUUUGAUUUACAGUUUGAAGUCUUUCAUCCAGUCUUCGGGUUUGCUGACCUAAUCUGGCUGGGCAGGAAAUGGAAGAUAAGGUGAUCAGUCCAGAAAAGGCUGAAGAAGCAAAGUUGAAAGCAAGAUAUCCUCAUCUGGGUCAAAAGCCUGGGGGCUCAGAUUUCUUGAGGAAGAGGCUUCAAAAAGGGCAAAAAUACUUUGAUUCUGGUGACUACAACAUGGCAAAAGCAAAGAUGAAGAACAAGCAAUUGCCUACUGCAGCUCCUGACAAGACGGAAGUCACUGGUGACCACAUUCCCACUCCACAAGAUCUUCCGCAGCGGAAACCAUCUCUUGUUGCUAGCAAGCUGGCUGGCUGACUAAAACGGCUGAACUGCAUGAAUCUUCUCAUUCCCUUUAUUUCUCCUUAAUAGUUAUUUCUCACUUACUUUUUUUUUUUUUUUUUUUUUUUUUUUUUUUUUUUUUUACACUAAGUUGUUGAGACUGACAGCUUUUUGCAGGUAGCGGUAGUGAAUGCUGCUAUUGUAAGGGAGUACUGUUAAGAGUAAAUGUGUAGUACUUGGACUAGUAAGAACAAUGCACUGAUAAAAAGGACAAGUUUGGUUAGAGCAAUGUAAUCUACUUGAAAAUGUACAUAUUGCCUAUUUCCUAGUGUAGAAAUGGUUCCAGCAAGUGACAUAGCAAGUUUUACAACUUUUAAUGUUUCUGCUUUUGUUAUUUCACCUUAAUUACAGCAUAGUAUGUUUGUAUUUAAUAUAACCUCCUGUUGUGUUGCUUUUUCUCCUGUGUUUGGUUCUGUCUAAAACAGAGGUUUAGACCACAAGUUACUAGAAGGUAAAGCAUGUAUCAACACAGACAGGGCUCUGAAUGAAUUUGUGUAUCUGCUCUUGAACUUGAAUGGCCUUAAACCUGUUUCAGCUUUAACAAUAGAUUUUUACUUGGGCAAUAUUUGCCCAUUCUGGUGUAACUCUUGUGAACCUAGUGCUUAUUGACAACUGCCUGUUGAAGCUGGUAUUCUUUUCAGUUCUGUAGCGUAGAACACACUUUUGUUUAAGAUGUGAAUGAAGUGUGCAUGUGCAUAGACUGUUGAAUUCACUCUUGUGCCAUUUUUGUAAAUACAAUAGUUUUGCACAACCUUUUGCAAAUGUCUAUUAAUUUUACAUUUUAAAAAGCAGAUAAUGUGCCAAUCAGAAGCACAAGUAACUCUGUAUCUGAAAGUCUUGGCCUGAAACUUUGUGCUCAGAAUCUUGCUACUGAUAAAACUUGUAAACUCAAGAUUUGUGAAACACUUAAUAUUGAUACCUGACUGAGUCAACCUUACUUAUGCUUUUUGCAGUUGUAUAUUUUGUGUAGCAGUGACGUCCAAUGUUCAUGUAUAGCAAUCUGAAAUAUGUUCCUAUAGGCAUUCAAAGGCAGGCACCCUUUCUGUUCAGAAACUUUUAAAUCUAUAUCUUUUUAAAGUUGAAAUACUCUGGGAUUCUGUGGAUUACAGAGAUACUUACAGUUCUUUAGGGUUAUUAUGACAGACUCCAAACCUGUUAGGGAUUAAGGGAUUAGAUGCAAUUGUAUUUGGAAUAUUUUUAGUGUUAUAGAAUUGAGAAGGGUAUGAUAUCAUAUUUCGUGAAAUCAUGAAGUGGUGAUAUGCCAACUCCUUGUUUUGGCAACCUUAGUUCUUUGUGUUGCACAGCAACCCCUAACCAGCUUUGAGCAAUACCAAGAACUGAACUUGUAUUAUAUGUGCUAUCUAUUGAUAAAUGUGGUAGUUUCUCAUUCCAGCAAAUGAGGAUAAGCUUGGCAUCUUGUGUAGAUGGUGAAGGUUAUAAAGAGACCUAACUACUGAAUACAACAGGUAAUAUACAUGUAUGUUGAUAUUAGAUGGAACUUCAGGAAGGAGAAAAUCAGAACUUGUCUUUUUAGCUGAAUCAGGUAUAUUAGAUAAAAGUGGAGCUUUUGCUGUUAGUACCUAUAAAACUCUUAAUAUCAAGGCUGUGAUUUAGUCUUUGGGAUCACAGUAUGAAUUUAUUACCUCUCUUAGAAUACUAGAAUCUUGCAUAGCUUGCUGUUAUCAUUCAUUCAGUUUUCUUAAAGAAAAGGUCUAAUACAACUUCUAUAAAAAAAAUCCAUCCCCAGAAAAAUCACUAUAAGAGAAAAUACUCUAAACAUACAUUUUUAAAUCCUUCUUUUGUAUUGGCAUCUGCCAAAACAGCUGUUAUCCAAGUGGCUAAGAAAAAUAGAUUGGUCUCUGGUCUCUGCAGAACCCCUCCCAAAGACAGACCUGAGGAUCAGACAAUAAUCAUUCAAAACUUAGUUUAACUUUAAUUCAGCUCUAUUUUGAAUUAUGCAUAAUAGCCAGAUGAGCUUAUUCUGUCUCUUGGGAGCACUGAGCACUUGCAGUGACUAUUUAACCCCCUCUGGAAAAUUCUAGCUUCUUGUCAUAACAAGAUGUAGCAGUAGAGAUGUUAGAUAUGCAUGUUCUAAAUUUUAAAUAUGCUAUAGACAAAGGCAGUGGUGCAGGCUUAACUUGCAUAAUCUUGUCAGUUUACCCCCCUCCCCCCCCCCCAUAUCAAAAGAGAACUUGAAGCAGAGAACUUCCAAAUUCCAAAAUCUAAUUAGCUCAUACUUUGUGCAUCUUUUAUAGUUCAUUAGGAAUGUGCUUGCUAUAGUCCAGGCUUUCCUUUAUCUUUUAUUAGAUUCUGUUGAACUUGUGAAUAUCUUCAUAAGAACAGACUGAAGAGCAUGGAUACCCUGUGUCUGUAAAAAGCUAAGCUGGGAAAAGAGAAAAAUCUUAUCAAAAGAAAUGUAUACCAAAAUAGCAAGGAAAAUGGAUAUAUUGAAUUCAAUUGGUUUUUAUAGAUGUUUAUCCUAAUGUGAAAAUCCCUCUUUAUUUUUGUAUGUGUAAAUGAAAAGCAAGACUUAUUGGUAGGAUUUGGUCUGAAACAAGCUUCUUACAUUUUAAUGUGAUUGUGCAUGUGUGUGUGUGUGUAAUGUCUGGUAUCACUACACUAACAUUCACAGUAGGUUGAGUUCUCUUGACAUUUAGGAAGGUAAAAAUUCCAUUUAAACAUUCCAUUCACUCAGCUACAGCUAGUUUAAUACACUGAUUAGACAACAAAUUCUUAUGAUGUCCAUUCAGUGGCUUGCAGGGUUUUAAGUUUGUUACAAAUUCCAGUAUAAAUAGAUGAUCCAUGAGAAAUGUAUAUUUGAAGUGUACUGUAUUACUAUGACCAGGUCAGUUACUGAUUUUGAGCCUUUGUAUUGAAAACCUCAGCAGCAAGCACAGUUAGUUUGAUUAUAUAUGCUGUUUAAGACAUUAAAUGAUUAAGCCCAGUAAUGAUUUUACAGCAAAUCAAACUUGACUGUGAAUCUACAUCUACUUUCAGCUUACUCCUGCAGAAUAACUAAGCUAUCCAAACUUGUGUACAUAAUGUAUAAUAUGAGUUUUACCAUUUGAUAAAUGACCUUUUUCAGAGAAGACCUAUCUGCACUGUAGUCUGGCAGUCCCUUUCAUAUCUUGCCUUUAAGGGUAGAUGGUAAUUAAUAGCUAGAGUAGUACUAACAUUGGCUUUUAAUAGCAAGUAGCACCAACAUUUUGAAAUAGUCACAAGUGGAUUAAUUGCAGCUUCAGAGAUAUGUCCCCCAAACCUGUAGACCGAAGGCUUCCUUCUCAUUGUUCAUGAUGUAGUAGGACAGUGUCUGUGCAAAGGCCCCAGGAGUACUGUUUUGUUGGACAUAUUCCUUACACCCAGUCAAGAUGUUAAGGGAAUAAAAUGUUGAUUGCUCCUUACAAACAUACACGUUGUAUAGUAUACAUAAUAAAUUGAUCUACUUAGUUUUUAUUGCAAUGUGCACAUUUGUUUUGUCUUUACCGUGGUCUUCUUAAUGAUAUUGCCUCUCCUGAUCAAAGUCUUUCUGAAGACUUCCUAAAACCCAAAUCUUGCUACUCUGUAUUAUUAGAAGUAUGACUGGGCCUCAGUUUCUAGUUUGUUAGACUACAAUACUACUUUAAUGUAACCGUAUUUAUAUAUUUCAGUGCUUAUUUUUCUAAUACAGACAAUUAAAGCUAACUGUGCAAAAACUUAA